AUGUUCUGUGAAGUGCCUGACUUCGGGCGGUGUUGCCUGUGUCUGCCUUUGAGAAAGGGUAUUUUGGUUUUCGGAUAUCUCAAUGUUCUGUUUUCCGCGUUCAUGACUGGCGUGUACAGUUAUUCAAUACAUAACUCCUACAAUAGUACAAUUCUGGUUUACCACGGAUCCAUGAGCACUGUAGAAGACAAGGCUUGUCUUAUUUUUUAUCUGUUCGACUUCGUAUUUGCCCUAGUGCUGGUGUAUGGUGGUCACACUAAAAUAAUAAAAUAUCUAAAGGCGUUCUACUAUUACGCAGUGACUACGCUGUUGGCCACACUUGUUCUCCAAAUCGUGGGAUUGUGCUCAUCGAGAUAUCCCUUUGGUAUGAUUCUGGAGACGUCUGGAUUGUUCCUUUUUGGACUGAGUUUGCAUCUAUAUCUGAUACUAUUAGUUAGAAGUCUGCUUAACAAACUAGAGAGAUCCGGCCACACUUACGAGAAUCAGUUACAUCAAAUUGUGAACGGAGAAAUUAAGGUGGAAACGAACGGGGUGUAUCCUAGCAUAGUGGUGCCGAACGAGAGAGAGCCUUAA